CUUUUAUUUAUACCUGUAGUGUUUUUGCAGGGUGCAGAUCUUCAGUAAUGACUGCGCAGCAGAAGCUUCUCUCACUGUGGGUUUGGCUGCUGCUUAUGGCAGCUCUGUGCCCAGGUGCACAGUACGCAUACAGUAAGCGUGGAGGCAUCUUCAGGGGUCGGGGAAAAGGCGAUGGCGACAAAGUCCCUCCCUCCCAGAGCAAAGGCCUCUCCAAGCAGGGCCUGAAGUGGGCAGGAGCAGCAGCAGCCGGAAUCCUGGGUGGCACGGGCACCGGGUACGGGCUGGGGUUCCUCGGUAGGCCAAAGCAUGGAUCUGGGAAUCACCACGGCCACAAGACAGCCUCCUCUGAGCAAGAUGAACGGCUUUACCACAACGAGGGCCAAGCAUUUCGCAACCAGUCUCUCUGGAGAGCCUUUGUUAAAGCGUCUGCCCCUGCGCCCAUGACUAACAUCUUUCUCACACAUGUGGUGUCUUUCCUCAUAGCAGCCUGGAUAAGAUACAUUUAAUACAUCACUGGGAAAGCAGUCAUCAAAUCAAAUGAAAUAAAAGCUCCUUUGAACAAAUUAUCCAUCCUGUCCUUUACUUAUUGUUCAAUACAGGGUGAUUGUUGUCAAAAUUGAAACAAGGACAUAAUCAACUAAUUAUUAGGAUUGUGCGAGUACUUGGUUGAAACGAGUACUCGCACGAGAAUGUAUUUUUUACAAGUACGAGUAUCAUCUGAGUAAAAUGUGUCACUGUCUGUU